AUGGCUUUCAGCAAUCUCCAGUCAUCCUUUAUGAACCCCCAUGUCCCGUUCAGCGGCUCUAUUCUUGGUGGCCUCAAAGAUGGACUCCAGAUAGUCAUAAAUGGGACGGUCCUUCCUACCGGCAGCAACGGGUUUGCCGUGAAUCUCCAGUGUGGAAGUAGCGGCCAAGACAUCGCAUUCCACUUCAAUCCCCGGUUUGAAGGUGACUACUGUGUCGUCUGCAACACCAAGGAGAACGACAGGUGGGGGAAUGAGGAGAGGAAGAUGGAAAUGCCCUUCCUGAAGGGGGUACCCUUUGAGAUAAGAAUUCUGGUGCAGAGCAAUUCCUUCUUGGUGGCUGUCAACGGGAAUCACUUCUUGGAAUAUCAGCACCGACUCCCGUUCCAGCGGGCGGACACCAUCACCGUCCAGGGCAGCGUGCAUUUGGCCUUCAUCAACUUCCAGCCUCAGAAAUCCAGGCCCAACCCACCUAUAGUGAUGCCUCAGAUUCAUGCGGAUUAUCAAAUGGCCGGCCCACGUUAUGUUAUACCGUACUCUACCCUGAUUGUGGGUGGACUUUACCCAUCUAAGACCAUCAUCAUAUGGGGGACCAUCCUACCCCAGGCCAAAAGGUUCCACGUCAACCUGAGACGCGGCGGAGAUGUGGCCUUCCACCUGAACCCCCGCUUCGACGAGAACACCAUCGUCCGCAACACCCAGGUCUCCCAGUUCUGGGGGACGGAGGAGCGGAGCAUGAUCUCUCCGAUGCCCUUCGGCCCCGGGCAGACGAUCACGAUCUGCAUCGUGUGUGAAAGCCACUGUUUUAAAGUGCUGGUGAAUGGGCACCACCUGUUUGACUACAAACACCGUCUCUCAGACCUCCAGAACAUCAACCAUCUGGAAAUCGGAGGAGACAUCCAAGUGAUCCAUGCCCAGGCUUGAGAAUGAAACUCUGCUGCCCAGCAUCUGGGGCCGGGGAAGGGAGAUGCGUGCUAGCAGGACCCUGGGAUAAGAUCAUCUUUUUCCAAAGUUUUCCCUGGGGAAUGACCAGAUCCUGGCUUAUUCCCCAGCAAAGUAUUAGCAUGGAAUAGAGAACCCCAAGCAGUGUCUGGUAAAGGGUCAAAGAUUUCACCCUUUGUCUGGGCGCAGAUUUCUGCAGCCUGAAUCUAGUUCUUUGCUCACCUUGGCUUCGAGGGGUCUGUACUUCUCUCCGGUUAAAGCUCCUUGUGGGUAGAAAGCGUCCUUCGUGCUUCUACUGGACUUUUCUAAGCGCUUAGUACACGGCAUUGCACCCAGGGGAUCAACAAAUACCAUUACUACUAGUACUGCCUGCAUUAUAAUACCACCACUGUCUAGCUCAGUCUAUUUAUCCUCCCUCAUUCCCUCGCUACCCUACCCUGCUUCUUCACUCUGACCAUGUGAGAUCAUAUUUCCACUUCUUUUUUUCCUCACUCUCCAAUCUGUACUUUUCUUCCCGUUAAAAUAAUAAAUCAGUCUGCAUCGUCGCUUCCCUUAGACUGAUCGAUCCAUCAGUCAUUUGUAUUUAAGCGCUUACUGUGGGCAAAGCACUGUACUAAGCACUCGGGAGAGUACAAUAAGAACAUCUUUAUAGUUGCCACGUGCUACCUUCCCUUCUUCAAAGCCUGCCUCCUCCAGGGGUCCUUUCUGGUUCAGGAGAAAAGAGGCAUAAAAUUAUUCUUCCUUUUUCUGUCCAGUGUGCUCGGUGUCGGCCGGCUGAGCCUGGUCUAGGUGGUCACCCUUGCGAUGGCAAUUCUCUUUAAGGUGCUGGUUGGUAUUUUGUAAUCAGAUGGAUUCUUUUUCUUCUUGCCUCCCAAGUGCCGCUCGUAACCUCCACUGAACAUGAACUUGGAAGACUUGGUGCUUUGCUGUUCAUUAAAUGGUUUUUAGAGCUUCGGCUGUGGCAUCGGGCUUUAAUCCCAU